CCUAUAAAACCGAAUUCCGUUACUCAGUGGCGUCGGGUGGAGACAUCGCCGGCGAAAUGGAUGGAAGCCGGAAUCCGGCGUCAAACACCGUCGGCCUAUGUCUCCUACCGUCGGAGCUUAUUCAGGAUAUUCUGAUACGCCUUGCACUUCCUGAACUCUCCUAUCUAAGGUCAGUCUGCAAAUUCUUAACUUCAAUCAUCUCCGGCAAUGAUUUCCGGCGUGAGUUCAACGUCAGGUCGAGUUCAGAUAACUGGCUCUUCGUUUACACGAAGAGGUCUACUCGUACGUCCGUACUCCAUGGUUUCACCGAGAGAUCCAAUCGGUGGUUCAACAUUCCGAUCGUCAAGUACUUGUUUCCUAUGGUUCCUCCCGGCGAAGAUCUCUACUUCUUGACGGCUUCCGGCGACUUUUUCCUCUUUGCUUCGAAUAACUGCCGAGAAUUGAUCGCCGUGAAUCCGACGGCGAAGACCACCAGAAAGAUUCCUCCGAGUCCACUUGGUCCACGUGGCACAUCGUCUUGGCGGCGAUCCGGGUUGAAAUUAAUCGCUGGACCUUCCGGUUCGGAUAAUUUCCGGUUCUUGUUCGCUGAGUUGUCUGAGAACCGGCCGGUUUUGUUCGAGUACAGCUCGGAAACUGACACGUGGAAUUCCAUGGAUGCCAAUGAAAGCGAGGACAGAGAGCAACGUGGCAGUGAUCGGAGGAGGGUCUACCUCAGCGUGGUACAUCGGAGGAGAGAGAGCGUUGCGAUCGCUUUAUCGGAGACGGAGACCGAUGGACCGGUUGUUGUGCGGCCGAGAUUUGACGGAGGAAUGGAGGAGCGGUUAGCAAUAGGGUUCAGCGCGAGCGAUGAGGUCCAUCGGUUACAUGUGUACGGUGAUGGGAACAUGGUGAUCAUAAGAUCGACGGUGGUAAAUGAGUUUGCAAAGGUGAGGAUGUUUACUUGUAUAGAGAUGUGGAGAAUUAGUUUGGAUGGGAUGCGAUGGGAAUUUGUUUCCAAGGUCCCAAACGGGUUGGUGGAAAAGGUUAGAAAACCUUAUGGAGUAAUGAUGGGUUGUUUGGAGGAAAGAUAUGCGAAAGUGAGUGUGAUCCUGAUGUCUAACCAUAAGGGCCAAUGGGACUUGAUUUGGCUGUCUUAUGAUCUGGGAAAGGGAAAUUGGAAAUGUGUCUCACUGCCUGAGUUCAGGAUGGAAGGCUUGAACAUGGGAGGUAUUGCUUUAUCAUCUGGUCUGUCACUUCGAUGAUUUUGAUUUGAUAUGAUGGCUCUGAAAUCGGCAAGUCUGAGUCUCUGGAUCCCCUCCCCAGAAGUUAAUCACCCCCACCUUAUCUCGCACCGUCCAUGAGAUACGGGUAUCAUCUUUGGGGUGUGACCCCAUAGAUGAUGUGAGACAGAAUGGGGGUGAUUACCUGCAAGGGAGAGGAACUUAAUUCAGAAUCCAAGAGGGCAAACAAGGGUGAAAAUGUGUAGGGUGAAACCCAAAGAGGGUGGCAGUGGCAACUAGCAUUGUAAAUAUAGGAGAAUUCCAACUCAAGGCCAAAAUCAAAAUCUAGAUCUACCACGACGAUGGCAUGACAGACGCUUAACCAAUUAAACAACUCAGUUGUCCAGGUUUGAUUUGGAUUGAUGAAGUGAAUUUGGAGAAAACUUCCACUUCUUAUUGUAGAUAAAUGCUCUUUAGGUUGUUAAUUUAAGUGCGUAACAAAAAAUUCUUCUGAUGUAAAUAAAUGUUUUCAAGAGAACACCUUAUCCUUUCAUCAUAUUUAUAUAAGGGUAAUUUACGGUA